AUGCCGCCCGCAGACCCUAACGGCCACGGCGACACGUCCAUGCAGCCCGUCCAGGAUGCCACCAACACCGGCUUAGAGCCACACCGCCCCUUAGGCCCUGGAUUGGACACUUCACCUCUGGCGUCUGCUCUCGUUCAUCUGCCCAUCACUCGCUACGACCCGGAUGUGAUGGCCGAGUUCAUCGUCGAAGUAGGUGCUGGAAUCUUCAACCCACACUUUUCGCCGUAUCCAGACGCCCGCAUCCGCUUCAAAGAGUGGCUCUCUCGCGUCCUGGACAAAACGGACUCAGACAUCCAGAGCAUCUUCCUCGCUCUAUCCUACUACCUGAACAUGAUCUCGACCGCCUUCGCGGCGCCGGAAGUCCCACCGACCACGGCCACGAACGCCGCCACAGCCAACACUGGUCUUACCACCAACAACGCCGAUGACAUGGCUGCCGACCCCUACACUGCCAGUGGCGAUCACGGCGUCCGCAUGAUGCGCACUGCCUCUGCGCCUGACAUUCUCCAAACGAUGGCCAAUACCAUUUCCACUCCAGUCCUUGAUGAAGCUGCCAGCAGUCUUCCCGAGUAUUACAGCAACCAGUUCUACAGCGACGAGCUCUAUGAGGACGAGCUCUACGAGGACGAGUUCUACAGCAACGAACACGCAAACUACAACAACGAGCUCCACGGCAACGAGCUUGCGAACUACAACAACGAGGUCUAUAGCAACUCGGUCUACAGCGACGAGCUCGCCAACGACAACAAUGAGCAUACGAUCAACAACGAGCAUGCGAUCAACAACGAGCUCCCCAUCACCAACAACGAGCCCACCGCCAACCCGAACCCCGAACGCGCCCUCAUCCCCCUCAACAACCGCAACUCGCCCAGCUUCAACGUCUCCGGACCCCCCACCUGCACCUCCAUCACGAUCUCCUUCCCGCCCCUAACCCCGUACCCGCACCCGCACCGGCCCGCCUCGCCUCAGCCCACCACCGCCGACAUCGACAUGACCACCCCCGACACCAGCCCCCUCCCGCCCCACCGCCACGCCGACCUCCUCCUCUGCACCGCGCUGAUGCUCGCGCAAAAAGUCGUCGACGACGAGCCCUUCGCGUGCGGCGCGUGGGGCCGCAUCGCCGGCUUCGCGCCGUGGCGGCUGACGGCGUGCGAGGCCGGGUUCCUCGCGCAGAUCGAGCACCGCGCGCUGCGCGCGCGCUGGCAGUGGGGCAUGGCGUGGUGGGCGCGCAAGUGGCGCCGCUGGAUGACGGAGAGGUGCGCGAGGAUGGAGGUGGUGGCGAGGGCGGCGGGGGAGGCGGCGAUGGUGGCGAGGGGGUGGAGGGCUGGGAUGGAGGGGGGUGCGGCUGCUGCUGCUGCUGGUGCUGGUGCUGGUGCUGCUGCUGGUGCUGCGGGGGAGGGGGGUGCUGCUGGUGGGGCUUGA